GAGAUACAACGCCAAUUUCCCACUGGGAUUUCGAAAAUAACCUUACUUUACUUGCUUUAACAGUAAUAUUUUCUUUCGGAGCAGCUAUUUACUUAAUGAAUUUGUUUAUCGGUUUGCUAAGUGAUGAAAUAAGUAAAACUAACACGAAAGAAUCGUAUUUAAUUCUAAGAGCUGAGGUAUUAGAAGAAAUAGAGUUGUUAUUUAUGUUACCUCAUCAACGAAGAAAAGAGGAUUGGUUUCCAUUUAUUAUUUUUUAUGAAUGUCAUACAAUUAAGCUCCGUGAUCAUGUAGUGAAGAUUAUAAAUCAUGACUGGUCAGGCUAUAAAAAGCCUUACAUUUCAAACAAUCUUAAUGAAGUUCUUUUACUUCCUGAGAAACAGCCUUCUCUUAUACGAAUUGCGGAUGCUAUUAAAGAGCUGAAAUUAUCGGAACGAGACAUUCAAAAGGACAUUAAAGAGCUGAAAGCAUCAAUAAAUAAAUAA